UUGAGGAAAAUGCCAAAAAGUACUUUUUUUUGCAAAAUAUUAAUCAUACGAUCAGUGACAAUAAUAAUGUUAUCUGUCUAGCUCUUAUAAAGUACUUUCAAAUUCAACCCAAAUAUACACAUAAGCUUCAUCAGUCCAUAUAGUAAACUCAAACAAGAUACGAUAAAACUCCUUUUGUUUGCUCUUCGAUAUGGCAGGAUCAUCUUCUUUUUCUUCUUCUAAUGUCUCAUUGAUCCCGACGGGACUUCAAGUGUUCAUCAGUUACCGGGGAAAAGAGCUACGCGACGGCUUCGUCAGCUUUCUUUUGCGUGGCUUCAAAGACAAAAACAUUAACGUGUUUACAAACGAUCAAGAAGAGAAGGGCAAAGACCUAAUCAGCCCGUGUGAUAGGAUAAGUGAGUCAAGAUUUGCGUUAGUUAUCUUCUCUGAAGGGUACACCAAGUCAAAAAAGUGUUUGGACGAGCUGGUACAUAUCAAGGAACGCGUGGAUCAAGAAAAACUUAGAGUGAUUCCCAUUUUCUACAAGCUUGAUGCCACCGUCGUGAAUGGUCUUAAAGGAAAAUUCGGGGAUAACUUCAGGGAUCUGGUUGAAAGAUAUCAACAUGAACCAAAAAGAAUACAGAAAUGGACGGAAGCUUUGAAUUCAACUUCCCAAACAUUUGACAUGCCCUUGCCAGCAUACAGGAUUCUGGAAGAAAAAUAUCGACAUGAACCAGAAACAUUCCAGCAAUGGAAGUCAGCUUUGAAUACUAUUUUCCCAAAGUUAUCCUUGACUUUGUCAAAUUACAGUGAGACAUCCGAGAACGAUUUCAUAAGCUUAAUCUGCAAAGGAAUGAAUGGCAAUAGAGGAGAAGAAAAUAGUGACUGUUUAUUGGUCCCAGCAAGGGGACUCAGUCUCGGUAAGCACGAGGCACCAAACUCUCUCAUGGCUGCUUCGUCUUCGGUUUUGAGACCCAACUCGCUGGGGCCUCAAGUUUUCAUCAACUUCCGGGGAAUAGAAUUGCGCAGAAACUUUAUAAGCUUUCUCUACGCUGCCUUGAAAGAAGCGGAUAUAAACGUCUUCAUAGACGAAGGCGAGCUAUUGGGAUCAGAUUUGGUUAACCUAUUGAAAAGAAUAGAAGAGUCUGAGAUCGCUUUAGUGAUCUUCUCCAAGGAUUACACGAGUUCGCAUUGGUGCUUAGAUGAGCUGGCCGUCUCAUAGUGGUUCUAUUGGAAGAUAUAUUUACAUAUUUAUGUUAUAUGGGUAAUAUACUUUAUUGUAGUUUAGGAAGUUGUAUAACUUGGUCCACAAGUCUAGUAUAUUCGGGUGUCUCUUGUGUAUAUAUAUUGGUUGUAUUGGUUCAAGAUUAAUAACACAAAU